UUGAAGAAAUGGAUCUCCUACUCCCACACCCAUCAAACUCAGCACCACUCACCGUCCUCGGCUUCUUGGAACGAGCCGCUACCGCCUAUGGAGACUCCCCCUCCAUCGUCCACACCGCCACUCCGACAACAUGGUCGGAGACCUACCGUCGGUGCCUCCGCAUGCGCUCCUCCGUCUCCUCCACCGCCGCUAUCCAAAAAGGCCAAGUAGUCUCCGUCGUCGGUCCCAACGUCCCAUCGGUCUACGAGCUCCAAUUCGCCGUCCCGAUGUCCGGCGCUAUCCUCAAUAACAUCAACCCCCGCCUGGACGCCAACGCCCUCUCCGUCCUCCUCGACCAUAGCGGAUCCAAGCUUGUGUUCGUCGACCACAAAUCCAAACCUCUCGUCCUCGAAGCCGUCGAGAUAUUACGCAAGAAGGGGGGGAGGGCGCCACUUCUCGUCCUCCUCCACGACGAUGACGACGGGAACGCAAAGUUGGAUGACGAGAAUUUCAUCGGCACGUACGAGGGCUUGAUGGAGUCAGGAGAUCCGAGUUUCAAAUGGGUUCGACCCAGGAACGAACAGGAACCGAUGGUGCUCAACUACACCUCCGGCACGACCUCUUCUCCGAAGGGAGUAUUGCUUAGUCACAGAGCGGCUUACAUAAAUACUAUAAGUUCAUUGAUAGACUGGUCCGUACCGAACCGACCGGUAUACCUCUGGACCUUACCAAUAUUCCACGCAAACGGGUGGACCUACACGUGGGGAAUGGCGGCCGUAGGAGGGAAGAACGUCUGCAUGCGUAGGCCCGAUGUAUCACAAGAGGUCUUCGAUUUGAUGGAGAAGCACGACGUGACCCACAUGUGUGCCGCGCCUGAGCUACUAAACAGGCUUGUGAUUCAUCGGAAGGAGAGACCGCUCAAGAAACCGGUUCGGGUGAUGACCGGAGGUUCCUCACCGAAGAAAAUCUCGGAAUACGAAUCACUCGGUUUUGAUGUGAGUCAUGGGUAUGGUAUGACGGAGGUCGGAGGAAUGAUGACGUCAUGCGCGUGGAAGCCCGAGUGGAACGUCCUAGACGCGAUGGAAAGAGCUCGACUGAAGUCGAGACAAGGAGUCCGUACUCUAGGAAUUUCGGAAGUCGACGUGAUCGACCCAGAGACAGGGGAGAGCCUGAAACACGACGGGGUUUCACAGGGAGAAAUCGUUGUUCGUGGAAUGGGCAUGAUGCUUGGUUACUACAAGAACCCUGAAGGUACAGCCGAAUGCAUGAAGAGCGACGGUUGGUUCUACACGGGCGACCUUGGGGUGAUACACGAGGACAACUACAUUGAGAUCAAGGGCCGAUCCAAGGACGUGAUCAUAUGCGGGGGAGAGAACAUCAACAGCAUCGAGGUCGAGACCGUGUUGUGCAUGCAUCCAAACGUGAAGGAAGCCGCGGUGGUCGCUAGGCCCGACAGCUUUUGGGGAGAGGUUGCGUACGCGUUCGUGUGCUUGAAGGACGGUCGUGGCGGGAAGGUGAAUGAGAAGGAGAUAAGGGACCACUGUAAGGAGAAGUUGCCCUCGUAUAUGGUUCCAAGGGACGUGGAGUUCGUGGAGGAUCUUCCCAAGACCGCCACGGGAAAGAUCCAAAAGUUUAUACUCCGAGAGAAAUGGCUUAAAUAAAUCGUUAUCAUUUUUAAAUCUAAAUGUUGAUACGACGUAUCGAUAUCGCAUGUGUCACAUCAAUACUUUGAUUAUAUAUAACACGUCAUUAUUCA